CGAUUCAUGCAGCCCUAAGCGGCGAUCCUCAAAAAGCCAAACCCUGGAACCGCGUCACCGUCCUCGCAACAGAGAAAUGCCGCCGCGGCGCCGUCGGAAGACCGAGCCCGCCGCCGCGGCGACGGACGCCCUGCUUUCCCUACCCACGGAAGUCCUCGACGACAUCCUCGCCCGCGUCGGUCUCCGCGACGCCGUCCGCACGUCGGUGCUCUCCCGCGCCUGGACACGCCGAUGGGAAUUCAUCCCUUCCAUCGACAUCUCCGCGGAGGACGGGGGCAUGUGGAAGGCGCCGAGCGCGGUCGACGGCAUCCUUCUGCGUUUCCCCGGCCGGGUCCGCCGUUUCCACGUCAGCCUCGAAAAGGCAACCUCCUGCCGCGUCAACGACUGGCUCCCCACGCUCUCCCGCCGCGGCGUCGAGUCCCUCUCCGUCAAACUGCGGUCGCACAUACAGCGUGACUUUAGGCCGCCCAGGCUUCACGAAUCCGUCUUCUACUGCAGCAGCCUCACCGUCCUCAGCCUCUCCACCUGCACAAUGCCAUCUUUCCCCAUGGACUGGGGAUUUCCGAACCUGAGGAGCCUAAUCCUCUCUAACGUGCGGUUUCUAGAGGAGUAUGGGCACGAUCAGCUGCAGGAGAUCAUCGAGACAUGCCCGUUGCUCGAGGACCUAAGACUUGUUAAGGUCGACUUAUACGGAGACAUAGAAUUUGUGAUGCAGGCUCCCAAACUCCGGUUCCUAACGCUUGGUUUCAUCGAGGAAUUCGGAUGUAUCCUUCAAGAACUUCCACGCCUGCAUUCCGCUGCCCUGGAUAUGUGGAACUAUGUUCCCAGCAAUUUCGCCGAGUUACUGGCGGCGCUUGUUCAAGCUAGAAACCUACAGCUCCGCCUCUGCACAGAAGGUGGAUGGGAAGAUGGAUGGGUACAUGAUCAUUGGCGUCCGACGAUACCUAGGAAACUUCCGUGCACAUUUCACAACCUGAAGAGCCUCAAGUUGCAUAUGGACUUCUCUGAGCCAACACCGAUUGAGUUAACCUUUCUCUUGCUCAAGAGUGCGCCGAACCUUCAAAUUCUCAAAUUAGUGCUCAGAAACAUCAUUAACAUCAUUAUGAGUAAUGGAGAGCGGGAAUAUGACGAAAAUGAUACAGUGUUCCUAAAUGAACAAUGGGAAGAUGGCAUGUGCGCUAACCUUCAGGUUGUGCACAUGGAUGGAGUUUAUUGGCUGCCAGAUGAAAUGUCCUUUAUGGAGCUGAUUCUCUCUAAAGCAAGCCUUCUUCGCACAUUAUCUGUUAGUUAUCUUGUUGAAAACGCAACAUUAAUGCGUGCAUUACAAAGAUCCAAUAAAGCGUCACCUCAAGCUCAGGUCCUCUUUAAAGUUACUGAAGUAGGAGAAGAUUAUAAUAGGCAGCAUCUUCCAUGCAUUGCCGAGGGAAUGUGAAGUUACUUCACCUGGAUCGUGACGGUGCUCUCUGUUAUCUGAUGCUGUCUCUUGGAUUAGAUAUGCAGCAUGCAAAUAAUGUAGCUUCUCAAGUGAACCGGUGACAUAUUUGUAAUGUUCCUGUUCUGCGAGAAAUCGACAUGCAAUGGGUGGCUUGGUGCAAAUCUGUUGACAAACUAACUUCAUUGCAUUGCCUUGUUGCUUCUAUCACUGCAGAGAAAGGGUGCCCUAUGAUACUUGUAUUCUUGUAGCAUCAUUGUUUAUUGGUAUCCUAUAACUGAUGUUCACGUUUGCUAGUUAUCUGGUUGCUUUUACGCCAGAAUGCUAUCAU